UCGAAAUUUCAAAGUUUCGAACGGUUUCCAAGAGGUUCCGAUUCCACUCACGACUCUCAAGCAACUCCGAUCAACAAUGUCUGCUUCGCCUACAGGAUCCGCCUCCGCGAUGGUUCUCGCUCCGUCUUCGGAAACUGAAUUGGAGCUCACAUCUAUCAUCUAUGAUGUGUCGCAGCAGGUCCAGAAAGUGAUGGCGGAUAUGCUUAAGAUGGCAAGCGAAAUGGACCAGAACUCUGCUGGAGUGACGGAGGAGAUUGGGAAAUGCAAAGAAGCGGCUAUGGAGAGGAAGAAAGCUUUGGACGAAGAGAAAGAGAAGUUCCAGAAAGCUGCUUAUUCUGUUCUGGAGAUGCUCAAUCGGUGACAUUGAUGACGACAAGUAAGGCUACAUGUUCUUAAGAAACAUUAAAUCUUCAAAGAGUUACAGCUUUACUAUACAUUCAAAUUUGCCUGUGGCUAUUGCAUUGUUGAACUCACAUGAGCACAAUCACUGGAAUUGGAGAACAAUAUGGGAAUUACACACGACGGCAAUAUUAUGCUCACAGCCCUUUUGAAAGUUUGUGUCUGGGAGAUGAGGCCCACGAGUUGUAUCGAAUGCCAGUCCACAAUCUAAAAGAUAAACAAGUGAUCAUCCUCUCUUAGGGCGUCCAGAUCUUCAACCUGUGUGCCAUCCUCCACGACGAUUUUGUUUCCUCUCUUUCCAAACUUCUUUUCUGCAUGACAAAAAAAUACAAGUGCUGGGGGGUGGGGAUCACACUUUUCAGGGAGCCAAGGCCUAUUUGACAGAUUCGUCUGUGUUUGGACCAAGUUUAGAUGUUAUUGAGAUAUACUCUUUUCACAGAUUGUUUCUAUUGUAAGCACGCUUAGUAAAAGUGGGUUGUCCAUUGGAAGUUCAUCACAACCUUAUGCAUUAGAUGUUCUUUGAGAAUUUCUUGACAAGAUAAUGGAAGUGUUAUUUCGUGG